GGUCGCGGUCGGUUUCAGAAGCGGCGAAUCAAACAGCUCGGUCGUCCAGUCUCUGCUUACCCGCCCCCAAAACUCGCCGCCCUCCCUCUGACCCUCCUCGGCCGCCUCCGCCGAAGCGCGAGACCCGCACACCUCGGCUCCCCGGCGGGAACCAGGUACUGGUCUCCCUUGGUUUUGGUGUGCCCGUGCUCGAAUUAGACACGGAUUCGUGCUCCCGAGUCCCAAUCCCCGCCCGACCAAGCAGGGCCGUGGGGUGGGCUCUGGAAUGGACGAAGCUGCAGAUUCCGACGCGCUGCGUCGUCGGGUCGAGGAGCUACAGCGAGAAAAGGAUGAAAAACAGAAUGCUUUGGAAGUAUUAAUACGUCGUGUUGAAGGGCUACAAUAUGAAAUGGAUGAAAAAGUGGAUCUUGUUGAAGUGUUAACUCGUCGAGUUGAAGAACUCCAGCGAGAACGUGAUGAGCUCAGAAAAGAUAUUGAGCAAUUGUGUAUGCAACAAGCUGGUCCUGGUUAUGUUUCUGUUGCAACUCGAAUGCUUUCUCAGAGGACAGCCGCUUUGGAACAGGAUGUUGAGAACCUCCAGAAGAAGUUAAAUGGUUGCUUAAGAGAGAAUCAAAAUUUACAAGAGGAGCUUGCUGAAGCCUAUCGAGUUAAGAGCCAGCUUGCUGAGUUACAUGGUGCUGAGCUAUCAAAGAACAAGGAUCUAGAAAAGCAAGUAAGGUUUUUCCAGUGCAGUGUUGCUCAAGCGUUUUCUGAACGGGACAGUUCAUUAAUGGAGUGUGAGAAAGCGAAAGAGCGGGAGGAAGCAAUUUUGAAAAAGUUUGCUGACUUUGAGGAAAGGAAGAGAGAAUAUCAAUCUGCAAUUGACGAUCAGAAACACUUAAAUGAUGACUUGCAGAGGAAAUUAACAGAACUGAAGUCACAGACAGAAUCUUCCUUGAAAGUUAUUUUAAAAUUCUAUGACCUUCGUUGCAGAGACUGUGAAUGUCCUUCAAACAUUACUGUUGAAGAGAAGUGUUCGAUCCUUCUAGAUGAUUCUGCUGAUAAUUGGAGUUUUAGCUCCGAUGGUGGAACCUCAACUUUGAAGUACAUUGCAUCUCUAGAAGAGGAGAAAGAGUCACUUAAAGCUAAAAUGGCAAAGCUUCAAAGCAAUCUAAGGAUGGGCCUUGAAAUUGAACAGCAUUUGCAAAGAAAUGCAAGAAUAUUAGAGAAAAGACAGGCACUGUAUGAUCGAUUUCUGAGAAGUGGAUUGUCAGAACUUCAAAAGUUCUGCAAAUAUCAAAGGGCUGAAAUCAUGAAAACAUUAGAAGAAGAAUCCUCACAGCUGAUCAAACUUGUUGCAGAAAUUCAAGAUAAGCUAAGUGAAAUUUGCAUCAACACUGAAGUUAGUGAACACCCUGGUGACGUAAUGCAAUGUUGUGACAGCAGUUGUAAAGAUGUGCAUGUUGCUACAGAUAUCAGUCCUAGCACUUUCACAAGCCCUAAGAAUGAUUCUCCUGCCGAUUCUAAUUCCAUAUCAUUUGAUGAAUCUAAAGCACUAGCACAAGCCUUACAGGAGAAGAUGGAAGCACUUAUGCUCUUCUCACAGGAACAAGAAAGAUACCUAUUAGAGAAACAGAAAGACCAAAUUGUUAUUGAGGAUCUUCAGAAGAAGUUAUCUCAAGUUAAAGAGGAAAAGGUGAAGGUCCUGAUGGAAUUAGCUAAACUUAAAGAAGAAUAUCUGCAGUUGAAGGGCAGCUCUGCUGUGAAGGAAGGUCAUGGUACUGGUAAUUCAUCAAAAGCCAUUCCUGGGCAUGACCAACAAGGGAUGCUGAAAACUAUGCUGAAGAGGACGUCCUUAAGACACUGGAUGAGAAGCAGUAAUAUUGGACAUGGGAGCUCUGAUGGAAAUGAUCAUACAGUUUGCAAAGAGCACUUAGUGGAUAUUGCAAGGUUAAGAGUUGAAAAUGCCACACUUCUUGAAGGUGUUGGUACUGUGGAACGCCUCACUUCUUCAGUGCAUAGACUGCAUAUUGUGCUUUUAAAAGCUAACAAUCAAACUUAUCAGGCGUAUGAUGAUGUCAAAUCAGCUGGUUCUCUGGAGAGUACCUUUGAAGCUUUGAACAGUCUUAUAACUGAAGCAAACCUUAUGAAGACAGUUCUUAGCACGGUUCUUCCUGUAAGCUGGGCCAGGGAUUCAUCAGAUGCAAUUACCUAUGAAGCUCUUUGUGAUCCAUCUGAUUCACCAAAAUCAAAGUCUGAGAAAGUAGACCCUCUUUCUUCCGCGGGCAUGGAGAUGGUGGAACUACUAAUAUUUGCAGCUGAGGUUCUCAAGGAGAGCUUUCUUAUUAAUAAAUAAGAUACCAAGAAGAUAUAUGGUUUGGUUCUCCACUACCUAUCUGUUUAAAAGCAUGCAAUUUAAUCCUUAAAGUCCAUUAUUUGGUGUCCAUACUUCAACUGAUUGGUAGAGAGUGCGAGAUGUAAAGACAUGGAGAAAGGCACUGUAACUAAUAACUAGGACUCGUUGCUGUUUGUAGACUAAAAGAUUAAGAACCGUAUGUACAAAGUUCAUUUUAAUUUACACGAAAUGGUAUGCAUCUCAACUCUUUUGUACA